UAUUCCACAACAAAAAAGAAUUUUUCACAAUGGCCUAUUUGAUACAACAUGGAAAAAUACGUUCCCAAACGAUAAAUGUACCCGCUGGGCUACCGGAAUUGCUGUCCGACAUAACGCGUGAAGUUCUCAGAUGUCAACCAACCACGGAAUGCCUUUGUCAAUUCAUUAUCGAUUAUUUGCAUUCGUUGAUAGUGGCACGGGAAAAGGCCCGAAUGGCCAAAAUGGCCAUAGAUCGUGCCCUGCGCAUAGUCGAUGAAAUCGUGGCCGACAUGUGUAUCUGUGACAUUCAACCCACAAAGGCGGAGAAAAUGUGCGCAGCCAUGGAGGAAUGUUUCAAACGUUUCCUGGCCCAACGACGCUGUGAAAUUGGUCAAGAUGUUGAAAUAAUUAAAUUCAACGAAGUGGAUAUGUUGGAUGAAUUGAUCAAGAAAUGUAAAUUUUCCGAAGAGGAGUUGAAGAUAUCAAGGCCUGUCAUUGAAACGGCAUAUCAGAAAUUUGUGGAUGCCUAUAUGUCGGCACAUGAGAAUUUUGAAGGCACUGAGGCUCUAUAUCAAUAUUUCCGUGAACGUGAAAUCAAACGUGUGGAGGAACAAAAACGCCAGGAGGCUGCUCUGAAAAUACAGUCGAAUUUCCGUGGUUUCUUAGUAAGACGUUCAAUGUUCUUACCAAAGGAUGCUGAUGGUCCUGCCAAGGAACCCUCUAACCAGAACCUAGAUUUAAUAGAACAAGAAGAGGCUGCUCGCAAGAUUCAACGAUUCUUUCGUCAUCGUAUUCAGCAAAAUAUUCCCAAGGAUGAUGCUCCAACUGAAGAGUAUGUUUUCCAAGAUGUCUGUGAACCAGAAUCAAGAACUUCUCUUAAAACUCCACCUAAUGAAUCCAAAGAACCUGAGCAGAAAACUUUACAUGAGGAAAAACAAAAUGAGCCACCACAGGAUGCGAAUCAAUCAGAAAUAUUGCAAGCGAAUGAAAGGCCAAGUAAUGGAGAAAUUGGACAACCGGAUUUAAAUGGAAAUGAAGCCGAAAUUCAGGAACAGCAAUAAUACGUUUAAGGAGAAGAACGCCUAACAAAAUUGAGAAACUGCUGACACAGAGAAAACAUGAGAACUGUAAAAAUUUGUGAUUAAUUUUUGAUUAGCUACCAGAAGAAGUUUAAUUUAUUUAAAUUUAAAACUUUUUGUUAAUUUACGAUA